CAGAUCCUUGGCAUGCAUCAGUCUGCAGUCCAGCUUCUUUCUCUCUUUUUUUAACCAAUUUAUGCACGACUCCGCUGCAGCCACUUCCAGCAGUUUCUCUCACCCGUGCUCUCACCGUCGGAUCGCUGCUACUUAAAGGCGAGCGCAGCAAUCGACAGGAGUCGUACAGCACAGCUCGCCAACCGGCAGUGAUCAGCGCGGACAAAAUGAAGCUCCUACUAGCUUUUGCUGUAAUGACCGUUGCGCUGGCACUGCCAAGGGCAAAACGAGCAGCGUAUGAGCUGCCCGAUGGCGCAGAAUUGCUCUUGGGUGGUGUGAAGACCUCGUUUCAAUGCCCGGCUAAGAACGGUUACUUCGCGGAUGUAGACAACGCCUGCCUCAUCUUCCACGUAUGCAACGUAGUGCCGAAAGAAGACGGCAGUACCGAGGUGCAGCAGUACAGCUUCCUAUGCGGCAACCAGACUGUCUUCAACCAGCUGAGCCUGACGUGCGCCUUCGCCGAGGAGGCCGUGCCGUGCCAGAACGCUCCCGACUUCUUCUACGUGAACGACAACAUCGGCAACCCGACGGCACCGUUCCUCACCGAAGCUGACGUGCAGAAGGCGGCUCCGCUCAUACCGGGCUUCGGAGAGGGAGGUGGCGCGGGGGCUCCACCACCCGGCCGCAGACCAUUCUAGGAAAGCUCACGCCAACCAUUUAAAUCCCUUCCCCCCCCGUGUCGUUAGAUGUAGUAUGACUUUAAUAUUAGCUGGUUUCAGCUUCUCUGGGGCCACGACGGGCUAUUAAUCCUCGCCGCAAUGACACUUUUCCACGACGGACUGCAACGGCCAAUCAUAAUCCCUUUAGAAGCCUGCAGGCUCACCUCCCUAUCUUUUCGACGGACAGAAGACAUUGGCCGAAUCGGAUAGGCGGGCCUAGUUCUGCGACGACUUCAAGCAGUUCGGUGCUUAGACAUUGGCUUUCGCUCACCGGUGCGUCUUCCCCCUCCGACAGAAACACUGUAGUGUGACGUCAUCAUCUCGAACUUCCCACACUUUCUUCAUUGCACAAUUGUUCCUAUUCUGCUAUGUCUCCCUCUUAUCGCCCGCCUGCAGUCACAUGUAUAUACAUUUUUCUUAUUGAUAGAAGGUACGUCGACAACGUCAGUUCCGUUUCAAAUGCUAUCGGCUUCAUUUUCUGCGUUCUGCGGUGCUCUGCGUACCUAGUUUCUUUUAGCGCUAACAAACCACAGUGUAUAUAUUGUUUUUAUUGAAAGGUGAUGGGCUCUGGACUUUGGCUCAAAUGUACCAACUUCUGGUGAAGGGCUUGGCUCGAUGAGGCUUUUAGCGCGGGGAGGAAGUAUUCAAAUGGCAUCUGUGCUACAAUGCAUCCUCACUUCAUUCUUAUCAUCUUGAAAUAAGCGGCGACGUUGCUUGGAGCGAUGCCUGGUGUUCUGGUAUACUCUUAUGGUCACGUGCAUGGCUACUAGGAUCAAAUAUACAUUGCCCACAUACUGCAAGAAGCUGUAUUGUAUAUUUUGCUUGCAUAAAACGUUUCGUUAAAAAUGUCUUGGUUGUGGAAA